UUAAAAUCAAAAGAGAAAAAAAAGACGGAGGGAAGGAGGAAGAGAAGAUGGCGGAAGGAUCUCCCUCCUCCAAAUCCUUCGCGUUCCUUUGCCAAAUCAAGGAAUUCACGCGGAAUUUGGUGAAAAACCUCAGCAGGGGAAAUCUCCCCGUUAUUGCCCUAGACCGCUACCGGAGCUAUUGCAAUCUGACCGAUCCUACGGAUUCCUGCUGUUGUUCCGGCAUUGCUAAGAAGAAACUCAUUUCUAUGGAAAGGGCAAGUCAUGCUCAGAGACUUGAUGUGCUAUUAAGAGUCCUUUUGAUUAUUCAACAACUGCUACAAGAAAACAAGCACGCAUCAAAGAGAGACAUCUAUUACAUGCAUCCAACCAUUUUUACAGAUCAAGAAACUGUAGAUCGGGCUAUCAAUGAUAUUUGCUCCUUUUUCAGAUGCAGUCGUCAUGAUUUAAAUGUGGUGUCAGCCAACAAUGGCUUGGUGAUGGGAUGGCUGAGAUUUGUAGAAGCGGAACAUAAAUUUGACUGUGCAACAUAUCCUAACACUGGUUAUCCAAUUCCAGUGCAAGUUGAAAAAGUUAAAAAUAUAAUUAGCACUGCCAGUUACAUAUUAGUUGUUGAGAAGGAGACAGUUUUCCAGCGGCUGGCAGAUGACAAGUUUUGUCAAUCAAACCGCUGCAUAGUUCUCACAGGAAGAGGUUAUCCUGAUGUUUCUACCAGAAGAUUUCUACGGCUUCUUAUUGAUGAACUACACUUGCCCGCCUACUGCUUGGUAGAUUGUGAUCCAUAUGGCUUUGAGAUAAUGAUGACAUACCGAUUUGGUUCAAUGCAAAUGGCAUUUGAUGCAAAAUCACUUUGUAUACCAGAGUUACGUGCUAUAGGAACUUUUCCUUCUGACCUUAGAACAUACCAUCUUCCAGACCGUUGUCUCCUUCCACUUACACCAAGAGAUAGGGGGAAAGCAAAAGCCAUGUUGCAAAGAUGUUACUUGCAUCAACAAGCACCAGAAUUGAGGUCAGAGCUUCAGGAGAUGCUGCAGUGCGGUGUUAAGUUUGAGAUGGAAGCAUUAUGUGUGACUUCCUUUUCUAUCUUGUCAGAAGAAUAUAUUCCUUCUAAAAUUGAAGGAGGGAUGUAUAUCUAACCUUAUUUGUACAGUAAAUGUUAAUCUUCCAAUUAUUGUUGCUUGA